UGUCACCGGAGAGGAGAGAGUUGGCAAGGCACACCUGGGGAAUUACAGGAUCACUUCUCCUGUUACCACAGAAAAGGGUCAAGCACCAUGAAUGAACGCGUCUGACUGCUUGCAGAACCGACACCAUGUAUACAACCGAACGCCGGCGAAUGAGCCUGCACGAGGUGAAGAGGAAGGAUCCCAUUUGGGUGUCAGGAACUCUAUGGCAGGAUCCACUGGCGUUAGACAUAAGCAGCACCAACAAAAACCUGAUUUCACCCCGGAGUCGCAAUAGGGCUGUCGCCGUGGCGUACAUAGUGACCGAAGAUGCAUCGGUGCCUCAAGCAGAAGAGAACUUGUCAUUAAAAUGUCUCAAGGAAGCUUGCGCGGACACACAUGCGGUGUUUGAAACCAUUCCGUUCGAGAGAAUCUCGCUCGGAACGACGGAUAUUCUGGAUAGCUUCUACAACGCAGAUGUUGCUGUCGUAGAGAUGAGUGACACCUUCUGCCAGCCGUCGCUGUUUUACCACCUGGGUGUGAGAGAGAGUUUCAGCAUGACCAACAACAUCAUUUUGUACUUCUACAAGCAGGAGAGUGACCUGCAAGCCCUCAAGGAACAGUGUGGAAGCUACACCUUCCUCCCGUACAUCGUGACUCCCCAGGGCAAGGUGUUGGCCUGCGACCCGAGCCUAAUGAAGGGCAUUAACGACCUGAUGCAGCCCAGCUUCAUGCUGGAACCUCUGCUCACCCCGCUGGUGGAACGGCUAGUUCACCUGCUGGACAACGUGCACAUUCACUCCAGCGAGUAUUUCCACGAGUCCAUCCGCCGUGAGAUCCGGACGGCCCGUGAGCGUUUCAGCGGGCAGGACCUGAGUCAGGAGCUGGGCCGCAUCCAGGCCCGCCUGGACACAGUGGAGCUGCUCAGCCCAGACAUCGUCAUGAACCUGCUGCUGUCCUACAGGGACAUACAGGACUACGAUGCUAUAAUCAAGCUGGUGGAGACCUUGACUGACCUACCCAUGUGCCUGGUCACAGCCCAACAGAACAUCAAAUUCCAUUACAUAUUUGCACUAAACAGGAGGAAUCGUCCAGGAGAUCGUGCCCUGGCCUUGUCUGUGAUCCUGCCCCUCGUGGAGACUGAGGGGAAGGUGGCGUCGGACGUGUACUGUCUGUGUGGCCGCAUCUACAAGGACAUGUUCCUGAGCUCCGGGUUCAGAGAGCAGAGCAGCAGAGACCAGGCCAGCUACUGGUACGGCAAGGCGUUUGAGACCGAGCCCAGCCUCCACUCUGGAAUCAACAACGUGGUCCUGCUCAUGGCUGCAGGGCAUGAAUUUGACACCUCAAUUGAGCUGCGGAAAAUAGGUGUGACUCUGAGUACCCUGCUGGGGAGGAAGGGCUCCGUGGAGAAGAUGCAGGACUACUGGGAUGUGGGCUUCUACCUGGGGGCCAGUAUCCUGGCCAACGAGCCCUGCAAGGUCAUCCAGGCCUCAGAGAAAAUCUACCGCCUCAAGGCCCCAAUGUGGUACGUGGGCUCCAUCAUGGAGACCUAUGUGUUGUACCGUCAGUUCUCCAAGCCCCCGGAGGUGCGCUCUCCUCACCAGGACACUAUGGACUUCUGGAUGGAGCUGCUGCUGCAGGCCUGCAAGCCCUCCGAGUCCACCGGACGCUGCCCUGUGCUGGUCAUGGAGCCCAGCAAGCUGCUGCAGCCCAGCAUCGUGUGUGUGAGCGAGGAGGACGACAGCUGCACCGUGCAGCUCAAACACGUCACCCCCCCCAAGAAAGGCCUGCACCAGUGGACCUUCCCAGCUGAUGCCAUCCGGGGUGUGAGCGUGUCCAAGUUUGACGAGCGGAGCUGCUUCCUGUACGUCCUCUACAACUCUGACGACUUCCAGCUGUGCUUUCCCAGUGAGCUGCACUGUAAAGGGUUCUGUGAGCUGGUGAACUCUCUCCUGAGACAGACAGAAGCUCUACAAGAGGAUCCCAGCUCUCCGACUGCAGGAGUACUGGAGUUCAUCUACGAGACCAGCCCCAGCGGAGACAAGGUGGUUCUGGGUAAAGGCACGUACGGAGUGGUGUACGCUGGGAGAGACCUGAGCAACCAAGUACGCAUCGCCAUCAAGGAGAUACCAGAGAGAGACAGCACAUACUCCCAGCCCCUCCAUGAAGAGAUUGCCCUGCACAAGCAUCUGAAACACAGGAACAUCGUGCAGUACCUGGGCUCAGUCAGCCAGGACCACUUCAUCAAGAUCUUCAUGGAGGAAGUUCCUGGAGGCAGCCUGUCGUCGCUGCUGCGCUCCAAGUGGGGGCCCCUGAAGGACAACGAGGCCACCAUCACCUUCUACACCAAACAGAUCCUGGAGGGACUCAGAUAUCUCCACGACAACCAGAUCGUUCACAGAGAUAUCAAGGGGGACAAUGUGCUGAUCAACACCUACAGUGGCGUGCUGAAAAUCUCUGAUUUCGGAACAUCUAAACGCUUGGCUGGAAUCAACCCCUGUACAGAGACCUUCACUGGUACUCUGCAGUACAUGGCCCCAGAGAUCAUAGACCAGGGGCCCCGGGGCUACGGCAAGCCGGCCGACAUCUGGUCCCUGGGCUGCACGGUCAUAGAGAUGGCCACGGGCAAGCCCCCCUUCCACGAGCUGGGAAGCCCGCAGGCGGCCAUGUUUAAGGUGGGCAUGUUCAAGAUCCACCCAGAGGUUCCUGCCUGCAUGUCUGACGAGGCGAAGCGCUUCCUGAUGAGCUGCUUCGACCCCGACCCAGACGGCAGGGCCACGGCCUCCCUGCUCCUGAGGGACCGCUUCCUGAGAACCAGCCCCAGGAAGAGGACCCGGCCCCGGCCCGAGCCCCAGACCCAGGACCCCCUCUCUGCAGAAUACCAGCGCAGCAUGUCUGUGCCUGUCGCGGUGUUCGUGGAGGACACAGCCUCUGACGAGGUCGACCUGCUCUCCUGCUCCCUCGACCUGCGCAGGUCGAAGUCCGGCCUCAGGGGAAGUGACAUCGCAGAGAGCCCGCCUACUAGCAGCUGCUUCCUGCCGGUUCCGGAGGAGCCUGUGGGGGACCUGGGCAGCCCCUCGGCCACGGGGGAGAACCUGGGCCUGUUCCUGCUGAGGAAGGACAGCGAGAGGAGGGCCACCCUGCACAGGGUCCUGACAGACCACAUCAGCCACGUCCUCGCCAACAUCCAGGACACACUGCCUCCGAAGAAAGAGGGGGCGUGUGUCACUGCGGAACACAUCUGCGAUCUGAUUGGCUGCCUGAGGGAGAACAUCCGCUCCCCGGACAGGAAGUUGCUGACCAGCAGUCUCCUGACGCUGCGCGCCUCGCUGCUGGCCGCCGCAGUACCCCUCAACAGCCUGCAGGCGGUCCUGUUCAGCUUCCAGGACGCGGUGAAGAAGGUUCUGCGGCAUCAGCAGGUGAAGCCUCACUGGAUGUUUGCUCUGGAUAACCUCCUGAGACAGGCAGUACGGGACGCCAUCACGGUGCUGCUGCCAGCGCUCAGGCUCCAGCUUCAGUCGUCCUUUGAGACGGAGGACAGCUCCCCUGACAGGGAGCAUGCAGGUGAUCCUGAGCAUCCUGACGUUUUUCCUCCAGCCCUGCCGGGGGCGCCAGAGGACCCGGAGGACGCCACAACCAGCCUCGCCUCGCCUACCGCCCUCAGCAGCUUCUGCCCCCUCAGUCAGGAGCUGAGAAACCUACGACUGGAGACCAGAAGACUGCUGGCUCAGCUGGAGCUGAAAGAGAGAGAGUACCAGGAUCUGGUCAGGAUGUCUGUCCACAGGAAGCAGGAAGAGAUCGACCAUCUCAGGCAGGCUGCAGACACCCCAGAGAGACGCGCUGCGCCACACAGUGCUGCCAGGGAUGACGACCAGGGCCUGGUCACCUGGCUGAGGGCUGUUCCUGUGGACCAGGACACCAUAGACAAGUUGCUCUCUCACAGGUUCAGCCUGGACUGUCUCCUGCUGACGGCCUCCAGAGACGACCUGGUGUACUGUGGGAUCAGAGGCGGGAUGUUGUGCCGUAUCUGGGCUGCCAUCGCUGCCAAGAGGAGAUCCAGAGCCCAGCUCAGCCCACUUCCUGAGAACAGUGUCCACUGAUUGGUCACAUGAAAUAAGUAAGAUAGGCCUAUGAAUGUAUUAGGAUGACAACGUUACAAUUCAGGAGAGAAAAAUAUCACUGUUGUUGCUCAUUACAUAUUCCGAGAUUAGAUAUUUAACUUGUCUAUACUGAUGCAAUUUUAUAUUGAAACUACCAUUUGUAUAUAUUUACACAUUAUGUAAAUAAAGAAGACAGUUACUUCA